AAAAAAAAAAUUAAAAUUUUUAAAAUUCCAAGUAAAUUGAUAAAAGGUAAAAACUAUAAUUUAUAAAAUAUACCUGCAAUAUUUAACUUUGUGUCUUUAUCUAGUCCAAUUCAUUCAUCCAAUUUCUUGUUCAUGGCCAUAAUAGGUUUCCCAAAAUUUAAUUUGAACUGUCUCUACAAUCUGUAAUUGUAAGUUUGAUCAUAGAUGGACAUGUUCAAUCUAUUUUAUUAGUUCCUAUAGAUUUUGUCUCUUUGCUUUUUCAAUUCAUUUUUGGUUUUUCCAUUGUUAAACUCUAUGACAAUAAUAAUAUUGCUUUAUACAGCCAUUAAUUAAUUUUGUUGCUGCUCUAUCAAUUAUAAAUGUUGAAAAUAUUUUUCCUCCAUCUCCAUUUUCCAUUUCUCCAAUUCUAUGUUAAUUUAAAUGUAAUAUAAAUAUGUAAUUAUGAAUCAAAGUAGUUUUAUUAAUUAUUGAUAGAAUAUUAUUAAUUUAUAUUUGUUCAUAAAAGUAUUACCUGCAAUAGAACUCAUUUCUUUUUCUUCUAUCGUAAUGUUAUGUUUUUCAAACAGGCGAAUCCUUAAUUUUGAAAAUUUAAAUAAUGGUUCCAUCGUACUCGUUAUAAGGACAAAUAAUUUUUGUUUCUUUUUUAUCAUAACCAUUUUUAUUUUAAUUUUAAUAUAAGUAGGCAUCUAAAGUUCUUUGAACUUUAAAUGUUUUUUCACAAACUGUAUAAAUAAAAUUAUUUACAGCCAAAGAAUCACUGAUGUGUAUAUUCCUUAUGUGUGCAUACAGAUUUUUUUUUGUGUAAAGUUUAUAUUACAAAUUGAAUAUUUUAUUUCAGAUGUAUUAGAUGACAUGAUGUUGAUAUGUCAAGAUAUAAACAAAAAUAAAAUGCUUAAUGAAAAUCACAAUAAGUAGGUAUAAAAAUAAUAUGAAGAGCAUAAAAAAUGAUUAGGUCAGCAACAUUGGCUGGAGAUUAAUAAUUUAUUUUUAGAAUAUUUAUAACUAGAAAAUGUCUUAGUAUUAUGUAUUAUUUUUAAUUUUGACAUUUUCUUAACAUUUUUACCUCAAAAUUCUCUUUACAUCUUCUUAACAUUAAAACAGUUGUAUAAUAAAUUAUCAAUCACUAAAGUGUAUAUGGAUUAAAUAAUACAAGGAGGGAAAAUAGAGGUAAUUGAAGAUUAAUAAGAGAAUCUAAAUUUAGAAAUAUUGUUUUACCAAUAAUUUUUAAUAUACUAGUAUUAUCAUUAAUUUAAGUAUUAGUUUUAAUUUUAAUUAAUAUAAACUAUAAGUAGUUUAUGCUUGUGUUUAUGAAUAAAAUAAUAAUAAUAAAUUAAAAUUAUACCUAGUUUUAAAUACAUGUUUAAAAUGUCAUAAUUAAUUAUUGUAAUAGAUUAGUAGUUUAGAAUAAUAGUUUGAAAUUUAUAAAUUAAUGUAUGAUGAUAUUUAUCAUGGAUAUUAAAAUUGAAUAAUAAAAAAAAAAGGUAAGAUAAUGGGGAUGGGUGCAGCCACUGGUGUAGGUAGAAAGUUGGGAAUGUAGGAUAUAGAUGGGAAUUUAAUGUAUAUCUGUAAGCAAAAAUAAACCACUGUUUAUUAAAAAAACGAUUCUGAGCGGAGUUCAAUCGAUAGUGAUGCUUUGUCAGUAAUAUAUAUGCCAUAUUAUUGUAAAAUAAUUUAAAAGGCUUUAUAUAUUUUCUUUAAUAAUAUUUGUUUAAUGUUGUACUAAUUUUCCCAGUUAUCCUACGAUUUUCCAAGUUUUCCCAUGUUUCAUAUUUUCCACAUUUUCUAGGAAAACUCUUGAGAAAAUCAAAUAAUGACCUUUCUAAAGUAACUUCCUAGUGAAAUUUUGUGUGGCAUAAAAGUUGUCCAAAGAAAAAAUAAAUUAUAAGAUUAUAUUUAGUAAAUUUUCUCGUUAUUUUUUCGAUUUUUCAUAUUUGAUGAGAAAACUUUAGAGAAAAUUGAAAAAUGACAUCUCAACGCCUAUUUCCUUUCAGAAAAAGUGUUACACGUAGAAUCAGAGCAAAGAAAAGUUGUGCACAAAUAAACAAAAAAAAUAAAUAUCUUUGUAAAAUUGCAAAACAACUCGGUUCAUGUCAAAUUUAAGAAAAUCUGAAUUACCAAGUGUUUUGUUUAUACUAAUUUAUUAUAAUUAUAUCACAUAGUAUAAAUUUCUUAUUUAUUUUAACUAGUUUUAGCCAUCAAAAUUAAGUAAUUUUCAUUUGUUUCUAUUUUGAACUUUGCCUCUCAUUAAUUUAUUUUGAGUCAUGUAGCUACAUUAUUUUUAUUUAUAAAUUUAAAGGCUAAAGCUAAUUAAGUAACUAUGUGUAUUCAUUUUUUUAGAAAAGGUAUUAUAGUCAUUAUGAGACCAAAGAAAAAUUCAACACUCUGUCCUGAAAAUUUUAAUAGUAAAUCUACAAUUGAAAAUUAA